UUUUCAGUCGCCGCUAGAGAUCGAGCGGUGGGGAAGGAAAGGGCGGCGAGUUUCCUCUCGCCGCGCGCACGCGCAGACGCGGCGAAGCGAGUUCAUCGCUCCUUCAUCGGGAACGUCAAGUUCGGAGGGAGCAUCCCAACCGAGGAAGAGGGGGAGCCGCGGGAGAGCCCAUCUGUGCAAACGGGGGUGGGGAGAGCAAAGGAGAGAAAAAGGGAGAGCAAACAACCCACGUGAAGGAUAGGGAUGAAUUGGGAUUCCCACCUGCCAGGUAUUUUAAACUGGGGUGGGGCUAUUGAUUGAUUGAUUGAUUGAUUGAUUGAACAUAUCAAUCCGCUAGUCCCUGUCCCCUCGCCUACCCACUAUGCAGAUUUAUUUCUAUUUUUAAAAUAAUGCUUAGGAGAUGGUAACUCUCCUUGUACCCGCUUCAAUGCAAGGGAGGGUGAGGGAGGAAGGAAGGGAGGAGAGAGGAGGAGGAGUCGGGGCUACCAAAUAAGAGCAGAGAGGAGCAACAGCUUUGGGCAUAGUUUUUUUAGUAGAAAGUGUAAUAAAUCAUUGUUAAAUUAGUGCAGAUUUCUGCUGGCCUGCUCAAAUAAUGCAUUGACUAGCUUUGUAAGUCUGAUGGGAUUUGGUCUCAGGUAGGUGGGUAUUGAAUUGCAGCCUUUUUGUGGGUUUUAUUUUCUUAAAGAAACCUUGUCACAAGGUUGUGUAUAUGUAUUUAGCAAGCUUUUGUUUUAUACAGGGUUGUUUGUAGGGUGCUAUUCCCACCCGGUUCUCUGCUCCACUCUCUUCUCAGCUUUGACUGGUUGAGGACAGCAAGGUUGCCUAUUCUUUUUCUGGGCAGGACAGCUUGGUCAUUAUUGCCUGUGUAAUAAACUAAGGAAGAGAGGGCCUUCUCGGUGGUGGCACCCACCCUGUGGAACGCCUUCCCCUCAGAUGUCAAGAUAAGUAACAAUAUAACCUUUACGAGACAUCUGAAAGCAGCCCUGUAUGGUAUAUAGUGUUUUUAUAUGUUGGUAGCUGCCCAGAGUGGCUAGAGCAAUCGAGUUAGAUGUAUGGGGUACAAAUAAUAAAAUUAUUAUUAUUUUAGAGUCUUAUUGUCAUAUCUCAUUCUAAGAGGAGCUUUACCUAUUGACAAUUGGCCCACAGGUGUGUGGAGGAUGUUUCAUAAAAGUGUGCACUCCCCUGCCCUCCAACCACCCUAGAUAUCAAAAUUUGGGAUGAUCUUUGAGGAAGAGAUUGGAAACAUUUUUUGUUUUUAUUUAACUGCACUUUAUUGUGUUAUCUAAACCUUAAACUGAGGUUAACCUGAACUGUGGUUUGUUGAAACAAACUAGCUUCUGAGCUUUUCCAGUGGGAUGUUCAAAAUGAGCCAGUAUUUUUUUGCCAGCUUAAUUCUCCUCUUCUGAACAAAUGGGUGACCAGCUGCCCCUGAGCCUUGGAUAUCUGGAUUCCCAUUGGUUCAUUUAAUUUGUUUUAAAGCAUUUUUAUCCCAUCUUUAAUGGGGGGGGGGACCAAGGUGGGUUGCAAUGAGUAAAAAAUAAAAGCUGCAAUACCAUACACAUUUACAAACAAGCUACUAAAUAGGAACAGCAGUGGGGAAAAUAACAGUAGGAAGCACUCCAUUAAAUUAAUUUUACAGCACAGUUAAAAGCAAAAGGCCUUUCUGGAAAAGGAACUCUUCCCUCGGGUGAGAGUAAAGGCACAGCUGCUGAGGAGUCAUUUUCCCUGGUACCAAUGAAAUGUAUUUCCGUGGUUGUUGGCAUACACAGGAUGGGAGACUUCCAGUGACGAGAUCAGAAAGCAGGCAGGUUCAUACCUGUGAGCCUUCAGGCAUCCUCAUCCUUAGCCGUAAAAGGUAAAAGGUAAAGGACCCCUGGAUGGUUAAGUCCUGUCAAAGGCGACUAUGGGGUUGCAGCGCUCAUCUCGCUUUCAGGCCAAGGGAGCCGGUGUUUGUCCACAGACAGCUUUCCGGGUGAUGUGGCCAGCAUGACUAAACUGCUUCUGGCGCAACAGGACCCCAUGACAAGUGCCAGAGUGCACGGAAACGCCGUUUACCUUCAAAGGACUUUUAAGACCAUUACUAACAAAUCGGUGCAGCUGUUUCUAAAAGUGGGCCGAUUGCUUGCAGGUAGCAGCUCCAGUAACAACCUGCCGGCCACUGGUGGAGGAAGAGGAGUGCAGGGGGAGCGCACUGCUCCUGGCAGCGUGAUCCCUGUGGGGUGCCAUUGCGGCUGCCCCCUCGCCCGUGCUGGGAGCCACGCCCCUGUAGGCGGCAGGCCACACCCCCAGGACGUGCACCACAUCCCUGCGGGCAGCGCGCCACACCCCUGGGAUGCGCGCCAGCCCUGCCCCCAUCUGCUCUCCACCCCCCAGUGCAGGAGCAUGAAGCUUUGCCGCUGCUGCUGGCUGCAUUUAUGUGCAGGUUUUCAAUGCAAUGACCUUUUUAAACAAAAAACCAAAACUGAUCUUUAUACCGUGAAAGCUUAUGCUGCAAUAAACCUGUUAAUCUUUGUAUUUGCUAUAAUUGUCUUUUAUGGUUUUAAUGGUAUUUUAUAUUUUAUUGUAUAUAUUGUUGCAGCCUGCCGUCUUAUAUUGUACAAAUUGGCAGCGUUGAAAAUACUGCUAUAAAGAAAUAAAACCAACCUAGCUUCUACUUUGUAUUGUUUGCAACCCUUCCCGAGAGUUGGUGGUUGUUGGAUGAAGCUAUUGCUGAGCUUUGGAGUUGUAUGCCUUUAUGUUCACACAUUAAUUUCUGUUCAUUUUGAUAGGUUUUCACAUAACAGGUUAUAGCUGCUUCUUGUUAAAUUAAGGGGGAACCUGGCAAGAUGGCUUCCAAUCCUCCUGGACAAGGUAAAUGUUGCAUUUCCGUAUAACUAGGACCACAGAUUCUCUUUUAUGUGGAAAAACAUGAAAUAUCCCUGCUAGCUUAGAAAUCAGCAUUAGAAAUCAAUGUUAGAAAUGUCCUGAGGCAGUAAAUCACCCUGGGUGAAUUGGCUGAAAAAAUAGGGAAACUUAUAGGUGGAUAUGGAAAUCCUACUGUCAUUGAAGAUUGUAUUACAUGAAGCUUCUGAAUGUGUAACUUGACAGUUAUGGGAAAAGGUUCUGGAGCCCAUACCCAGUGAUCAGUUUUGUAAAAUGAACUUUUCUCUCAUCAUCAGUGCUUAAAAUAAUAAUAAUAAAGCAUUAAUCUGUUGGUUGUUUUUGCUGUGUGAGAGUAUAUAGAAAGAGAACCGUUCAUGGAUCAUUUCCUGUUUCUGUAAUAUGUGUUAAUAUAGAGUUGACUCUUUUCCUCAUUAAACUAUCCUAAUUGUGGUUGCCAGACCUCCAGGUCUGAUCUUGAGUCUCGAAGCUUGCCUGGCCCCCUCCUGGUGGCUGGUGAAGGGCUUGAGUCUCCAGGUGCCUGAGAGUGCCGUAAAUAUAUACCAUAUUUUUCGCUCUAUAGGACACACUUUUUCCCCUCCAAAAAUUGAGGGGAAAUGUGUGUGCGUCCUGUGGAGUGAAUGCAGGCUCCUUGGCUUCAACGAUAGCAACGCUAAGCCUCCGAAGCGCAGAGGGAGCGCUCCCUCCGCGCUCCGGAGGUUUUGCGUUGCUUUCGCUGAAGCCUGGAGAGUGAGAGGCGUCGGUGCGCACCGACCCCUCUCGCUCUCCAGGCUUCAGGGAUAGCCGCGCACAGCCCCUCCGGCAGGGAGAGGCUGCACGGGGCUAUGGCUUCUUUAGCCCUGCGCAGCCUCUCCUGGCAGGGAGAGGUUGCGUGGGGCUAAAGAGGAAGCCAAAACAGCGAGCGGGAUCCAUCCCUCUCACUGCCUUGGCUUGUGCCAUAGCCCCGUGCAACCCCUCUGGAAGGGAGAGGUUGCGCAGCCUGUACGCUGCUCUUUGGGGCUGGGGGGGGGAAUAAGAUUUUUUUUUUCUUGACCCUCCCCCCCGAAAAACUAGGUGUGCCCUAUGGAGCGAAAAAUGCAGUAUACUAAUAUUAAGAAGCCUGUACAUGUUGCUCGCAAACUUCAGCAAACUGACAGGAGCUGGCUGCAGAUUAUUGCAUUGGGGAGUGUCUCCCCUCCCCUUCCCCCCCACUCUCCCAAUUAACCUCCAUCACCAAAGCCAUCAGCAGGAUUGCCUCGGGUCUCAAGAAUGGGCACUGAAAUCUCAGGGUCUGGGAUGCUCCUGACCUGGCAACCCUAAUCUAAUUUAAAGUCACAGUACAUUUCAGAAUUGUGUUAUUCUUUGUGAAGGGUAAGGACCGGGACCUUUUUAUUUAGCAUUUAAAUCACUAGUCCUAAUACAUAGCCUGCAACUUGAGGUCAUUAAUUAGUCUUUAUGUGCAGAUUUCCCCAAGGACACCACAUCCAUAAUGCCUUGCAUUAUUCUGUCUAUGUGGUCACAGUUAUUGGAGGCAAGUAAAAUAUUCAUACUUUAAUAAUUCAAAGGAAAUCUAAUAAGCGACAUGAAUUCUCCUUAAUUGUUACUGAGCAUGUGGGAGAAUACAUAGAAUGUAGUUUGUUGUAAGAAAGAAAGAGGUUGAGAGAAUUGGCUUGUAGAUGGUAAUUGUGCGAGACGCAAUUAGGUUAUUAUAAGUGGUGCAGUAAUCGCUUACGCCAACCUUCCCCAAGCCGGGGCCGUCUAGAUGUUGCUGGACUCUAAUUCCCAUCAGCCCUAGCCAACAUGCCCAAUAGCCAAGGAUGAUGGGAAUUGGCAGUCCACCAACAGGUGACGGGCACCAUGUUGGGGAAGGCAGGGCUACUGUAUUCUGUUUCUAAGCUUUGCUAGUCUGUAUGUGGAUGAUUAUUGAGGUCCAGAAUUUGGUAGUCUGGCUCAGGAGGGCAGGAUCUCUACUGCCAGGAGAGACCCUAGCCUGCCUUUCUGAAAAAUAGCAGAACAUCCUCCGUAAAAUUCUGCAGCACCCUGGAAAGUACAUGCAUUCUUCCUCUCAGCCCAAAGCCCAAAUCAAGCCCAUUUAUUGUGCUUUUUAUGGUGUAAUUUUAUGUUGUGAACUGCCUUGAGAUCUAUGGCUGAAGGGCGGUAUAUUAUUAUUAUUAUUAUUAUUAUUAUUAUUAUUGUGCAUAAUCAGGUGUGCCAAUCCCUGACUCUGAGGUGAUCAUUGGAGGCUUGGACUGAGGAGGAAAACAUCACCUCCUGUGCUUUCUCCUUGGUCCAAGGCAGCUUCCAGAGCAACAGAGAAGCCAGGAUCUGAAAUCUUGGAGACCUGUGGCCAGUCAGUACCCUUCUUGACUUAAUAGACCAUUGGUCUGAUUUGGAAUGAAGAAGCUUCCAGUACAGUGGCGUAGUGUGGGUUGUCAGCACCCGGGGCAAGGCAAGUAAUUUGCGCCCCCUAACCUGUGGAUUUGCGCCCCCUAACCCCCAGAUGUUGUGCCCGGUGCGCCCAGCCCCCCCUGCACUCCCCACGCUACGCCACUGUUCCAGUAGGCAUAUGUAUGGAUAUUUCUCAGCUAGGGUACUAACUUGGUAAAGAGACUUUGGCAUUCAAAAACAAAACAACCUCUCUUUGUCCUGCAAGAUUCCUGCAUUUCACAGGGUUGGACUAGAUGAACCCUAUGGUCCCCUCCAGCUCUACAACUCUGCUUUUUGCCAUGUUAGUGUGCUCAGCUCCUUAAAUAGGCAUUCCUGAGAGAACUGUGUUCGCAUGUAUUUGUACAUUGGCAGCGUACGUCACUUUGGCCAGGACUCCCCAUCACUUCACCUCCCCAGAUGAGGGCAUAGGUGGCAAAUACCCAAAUCCUACAGAUAGUUCCCCUUUCUGGCCUCAGAGCCCAGCACCCCAAGCCCACAGAUAAGCAAAACAUCAAAGCAAGUCCAUUAGCUUAUAUCAAAGCAAGUGAAUAUAAGCAUCAAUGAGCUCAUGGUGACAACCACCACCACCAAUUAAUUGCGGGGUUAUAUUGAGUACCAAGAUGGCGUUUGCAGAGUUUCCAGAACAAUUCACCUUUGGUUCAAUGCCCUGAGCAAGGGCUGUUCACUUUUAAAGUAAAAUAUGUAUGUCUCACCCCACAUUCCCUCCAAGUUGUUGAAGGUCAUGCAUGUGAGCUGCCUCCCUCUUCCCAUUUUAUCUUCACAACAACUAUGGGAAGGAUGUCCAGCCGAGCAGCAGUGACUGGCCCAAGGUCACCCAGUGAGCUUUAUGGCUGGGUGGGCAUUUGAACCCUGGUGUCCUGGGUCCUAGCCCAAUGCCCUAGCUACUACACCAUGACUGGCUCCAACAACCAAAACUCUGAAUCUUAAGAUUUUAUCCUGUUCCUAUGAGUGGCAGAAGAACACAGACACAUAUAUAUGCCUGAUUUUUGCCAAACCUUCUGCAAUCAGCCAUGGCAAGAGAGUUUCACACAUAUAAAUUAUUCCGGUCACAAAUGUUUGCCAUUUAUAGACUAAGAUGGUUGGAAUUCAGGAAUCUAUGCUGAGGUAUUUCUAAUGGAGGAAGCAGUGCUUUUAAUACCAGAAACCUUAUUGCAGUGUAAAACAGACAGCUCUAGAAAGCCAGGCUUGAGAUUAAAGACUUAUUUAAAUGGUUAGUAUGGAUGACAUUGUUAGGAAGGUAUUUCAUGUUGUUAAUGAGGAGAGGAGAAAGGAAAGUUAUAAAUAGACUUCAAGGAUUGUGCUCGUUGGCUCUGAAGAUUAAUAUAUUCAUCAUUGAUAUUCAUCAUCAUUCGCUUGGGAGAGGCUUUAAGCCAGUAGGGUUACAAGGUGGCUCAGAGAAAUAGGAUGCAUCAGUAACAUUUUACAUUCCUCUCACUCUUCCCAGGCUUUCAGAAUAAGAACAGGGUUGCGAUCUUGGCUGAGCUCGACAAAGAGAAGAGGAAGCUACUGAUGCAAAACCAGUCUUCCACGAAUCACCCCGGAGCCAGGUACAGUAUGUUUAGAGACCUGUCUCUUUCUUUCAGUCUUGCUCUCAGAUCAAAGAGGAAAGCCACAUGCAGCUUUCUCAUGUCAGCUGCAUGUUCAUCCAAUAAGCCCGUUUCACAACAGAGUUGUGCGCUAGUUGUUCCCCAAAAAUGUAGCUUUGAGGAGGGCAGCCAGCAUGUGCCUUGGAUUUCUGUCUUCUGACCCUCUCCCAUUGCUCUUUCCCUCUGGAAGAGGAGAAGUUAAAUACAGUUGAGGUUGCCAAAACUGAUUGGGCUUGUGAAUGCAUUUGCAAACCAGAUGAACUGUUGUGAGCACAACACACAGACAAUAGAAUGCUUUUUUCAAACCGAAUUUCAGCACGGGGAGGGGACCCUGUAGGCGCCUGGGAAUGUCUUUUUGGUUGCAUGUGUGCCCCACACACCAGCAAGCCCGAUUUUAUUUUAUUUUAAAUCUAUUUUCAUCCACUCCUCAGACAAAGGUGGCUCUCAAAGGCAGCUAACACACUAAAACCAGUGCUUUUUUUUCCUUUUAAAAAACAUUUAGGGGUACUCUCAUUUUCUUAUUCAUAUUGAAAUAUGAGGCCAAACUUAGAUUCACAAUAUGUUUAGGGGUAUGUGUACCCCCAGAAAAAAGCACUGACUAAAACACACUGAUCUUAAUAACCACAACACCAUAUAGCUUUUGUUUAUUGUUUGUUUGUUUGUUUGUUUGUUUGUUUGUUAGCUGGUUAUUACACCCAACAUUUCCUCUUGCUGGCACCCAGAGUGGCUAAUGUAAAUCUCAAUAAAAUGGCAAUUGAAAUUAUCAAGCAGAUCAGUAGCAGCUAACCUUUAAAAUACAAUACGGCAGAUCAGAAGUACAAAGCACUACAAGUACAUCUUUGUGUAGAAAAUUGGGAUAGAAGUUAUCUAGAUAAACGAGCAAAUUAUAAAAAUGCAAACACCGAAGGCUGCCAGCAGUAGAAGAUGAGAAUGUUAGAGCACAUAUCAAAUUCCAGCAGAAGAACCUCAGUAGGUUCCUGGAACCCAUCAAAACCAAACAUUUUCCCUCUGUGUUACUAAAUCUGGGUCCAUCUAACUGAUUAUUGUCUCUGCCUGACUGGCAGCAGCUCUCCACAGAGUUUCAAGAAGGGCACAUCCCCAUCGCUACCUGGAGAUGCUAGACAUUGAAUUAAGAGCUUUUGCAAACAAGGGAGAUGCUCUACUACUGAGCUACAACCCUUUCCCAGUAUUUAAAAACCUUUCAGAAAUUUUUUUAAGGAAAGCAUAAGUUGUUCAUUUCCACACUUAAAAAAAAACCACACCAGUCUUCUUUACAGUUUUAUUCCUUCUUAGGUCUAUAUGCACACAAACUCAACUUAGGGAAGUUCAUGCGAUUGUUUGAUUUCUUAGCACCAAAACAAUUUAUCAGAGAACUACGUACAGAAAGCUUCUUCCGUCCCUCUGUCUCUCUCUAUCUUUCAAAUAUUUGUUAUAAAAUGACAUUGAAUAGCUCACAGGAGCAUUUGUGUGUCUGAACACUUUUAUUGCCUAUGUAGACAUUCAGUUUUUCAGAGCAGUUGGGAAAGCCUUGCAAGGUGAGCGUAGAGGGGAAGAUUUCAUCUCUUUAUUAGGAGUGCCAAGUUGUCAUUGUCAGAGAUGCAUUUGUAUUUUGCCCAGAGUGUACACAUAACCAGCUAUUUCAGGGCACUUUCCCCCAAGAAAGUAGCAGAACCUCACAGUGGCCAGUCCACACCUUUUCACCAUCACCUCCAAACCUCCCCUUCCAGACGUUGGACCUUAUCAUAGUUUUUCUAGACCUGAGAUUUUACAGUAAGCCACUGAGAUGUUUAAGUGGAACCUGAAGGGAACAAGGAAUAAGUGUGACUCUCUCUUAUAUCAGUUCUUCCUCUUUCCCAUACCCCAAGAGUUUAGCCUAGAACUUGAUUUAUUGCUCAUGGUGUAGUAGUAGCGAUUUUGUGCACUGUUAACUUGUCAACAUGUUGACUACGGAGAGGCCUUGUCCGGGCUCGAUCUCAAUGGGAAACUCUUUUCCUGCAUACAGAGUUCUGCAGCCACUCUUCCAAACAUAUGAACUCCCCAUCCUGAAGACUAUGGACCCCUGGUUAGUAGUGCUGUUUUAUUCAGGUAUCACUUAGGCAAGUCAUUGGGUGGCGCUGGUGAACGAGCAAAAACAAACAAACCCCCAAAUGUGCCAGGGGUUCCCCUAGCAUCAUUCUGCUGCAUGACUUCCAGCUGACUUCCUUUUGGCUUAUUCUGGGGCAGGGCUUUCCUUUCCAUUUGACUUGACCUGCCUCCGCUGGGGUGAGAGUUCCAGAACAGAACGGUCCGCCUGGUGUGUGUUCACACAAACACCGUCUUGCAUGUUCGAAUCCCCCCAAAAUUUCAAGCCUCGUAUUUCCAAGUAGGAGAUCAUGGAACUUUCUUGACUCUGAAAUGCCCACCCCACCCAUGAUCUCGUGGUGGUUGUUUCCUUUGCUGCACUUGUGUGACGCCUCAUUUUUCCCUUCCUUUCUGUUGCUUGUAGCAUCUCUCUAGCUAGAUCCUCCCUUAACAAGGAUUUCCGCGAUCAUGCUGAGCAGCAGCACAUAGCGGCACAGCAAAAGGCCGCUCUGCAGGUGAGUUGUCCCAGUCACACAAGACUCAGGUUGGCAGGAUCCGUAUUUCGUUGUUUUGUUUUCUGUUUUUUUGGUCUUGGUGCGUUGGAAGCUGUUGCUCCUAAGGUCCUUUUUGCAUGUGGUAGGGACCAAAACUAACAUGCAUCUUGCAGCUUUGUGACUUGCACAGUGAUAACAUAGUUUUAUAUCAGAAUUAUUUGUGAUGCGGUAAUAAUAGCAUUGGUGCCUGGCCAUCCUGUACCACAGGCAGAGGCAAACUCGGCCCUCCAGAUGUUUUGGGACUACAACUCCCAUCAUCCAUAGCUAACAGGACCAGUGGUCAGGGAUGAUGGGAAUUGUAGUCUCAAAACAUCUGGAGGGCCGAGUUUGCCUAUGCCUGCUGUACCACAUCGUUUUUUUCAUUUUAGAUUCAGGCUCAUUUCUCCCCUGCAUCCUGAGGCUGGAAUUCAAGCAGCAGAGGAUGCAAAGGCAGACUGAAGAAAUUACAGACAAUCCCAUAAGCAUUAGCGCCUGUCUUUUACAUUGAAUUCCAGAUCCUGACUCUUAACAAGAUUUCAGUUGCAGUGCCGCACAGAAUUAAAUCCCAUAGAUGUCGAAAGGAUUAAAUCAAUCCAACUGUGUUCAGGAUUGAAACCUCCAAUAUAGAUUAAAAAAAAAAAAACCACCACCAAACCACCUCUGAAUCUGAUUUGUUUUUUUCAUGCCCUCCUAUUGCUUGGCUAGCGCCGUGGGGAGGCUACUCUUGCAUGGAUGUAUUACAUGUGCCAUUUUCCAGAUGUUGUCUCUUCCUCUUCCAGCAUGCUCAUGCACAUUCUUCAGGAUACUUUAUAACCCAAGACUCCGCCUUUGGAAACCUUAUUCUCCCUGUGUUGCCACGACUUGAGUCAGAGUGAGACAGAGAGCCCUUAGAAUGAAGAUCGUCCACUACUGCAGCUGCUGCUUCUCCAAACUUUCAGUCGAUGGUUUGUGGAAAUAAGAGAGGACUCAAAACUGAUUUCUUUUUUACUCAUUGUAAUGGCUUUCAUUUUUAUUUUUUUUAUUUUUGGUGGUGGCAUUAAACUACUUAAAAUGAA